GCGCGUCGCUGAGUGUAGGGUUAAUUAUUUGUGAAGAGGGCGGGAUUAGAUCAGUAAUAACCUCCUUAUUUCGGUUUGAAAACGAAAACUGACUCUCCAACCUGGAAUCCCCACAGAGAGAGAGAGAGAAAGCUCUAGUUUCCUUGGAGAAGAGGGAAGAACAGGGACUCUGGAUGUGCGCAGCUCCUCCGAUCCUGUGGAAGAAAUGACACGGCGGAGCUGAUGAGGAGGAGGAGGAGGAGGAGGUGUGACCUGGCUCAGCUCCUUGAUCGCUCUGCCUCGUUUCUCUGAGCGCUGUAGAGUUGAGGAUCGCGCUGUCAAUGCAGCAGGAGUAGAGAGGAGAUGCGGAUCCACUCUGAUCGGAAGGGAUAUCCCGCUAUGAGAGUCACUGAACCGCAGACCGGCUGCCUGAUCAGCGCCGCCUUAUGUAACUGAGCUUUGGAGAAGCUGAUAGAAAGUGCUGCUACCGACCUGGUUAACCAGAGCAAAGAAUCAGAGAGUCAGAGAGAAAACAGACCGAACGAUUUGUCUGAUCUCUCAUCAUGGCCUUCGAGGACGCCGCCUGAGUUGAGUGACAUGAACGAGAGCCUCAGACAGGGAAGAGGAGCCAUCGCUGUGGAGGCUGAUGCCAUCACCCGCAACAUGAACCCUGACCCCGUCACACUCGCCAACAACAAUGUAUGUCCAGGUUUCGUCCAGGGCUUCCUGGAAGGGGACACAGAUUUCAGCUCUCCUCCAGUGUUUGAGCAGGAAUACCUGCUCGAUGGAAGGCCGAUAGAGAACAACCACUGUGAUCAUCUGAAAGGAAGCAGCUCCUAUACCUCAAAAGCGGAUCAACUUUCUAAAAAUACUGGAAUUUCAAACAACUCUCCUAAUGCAGACUCUGGUGUGUCUAAUACCUUUGCUGUUUUGCAGCAAAAUAGUGAAGGUCCAGAAAUCCACAACGGGUCCAAAGCUAAAGUGUCUUUUAAUGCAGAUUACCCUGGAAAUCAAAGCAGACAGGAAAAUGAUUGGUCAGUUCUAAAACCAAAAGGCUGCAAUGACAGCAGCCAGGAAGCUGUCGCUGCACAAACUACAAAAGAACCUGACUUGGUGAUUGAAGUUGGUGGACAGACCAUCAAUGCUCACAAGUCUGUCCUUGCAGAAAAAAGUGACUACUUCAAAGCACGACUGUCGCGUAACAUCCUUAAAGUGAAGGGCAUGAAUUAUAAGACUUUGUCAACACUAAUUGACUAUAUUUACACCUCCCAGAUCAGUGUUAGCAAGGAUAAUGUGGUUGAUGUCAUCACAGGAGCUAAAAUCCUGCAGAUCCCCUGUGCUGUUCAGGCGGCCAUGGACCGCAUGUCUGAGCAGAUCACAGCAGAGAACUGCUAUGAGAUUCUGACCAUCGCUAAGAAGCAGCGACUCAGUGAGCUGAAGGAGACUGCCUAUAGAUUCAUGAGCGACAACUUCCUUCAGAUCCUCAAAGACCCAGCAGUUUAUGGACGCCUUACUGGGUCUGAAAGGGAUCUGAUCUUGAAGAAGAGAAUGGAAGGGAAAAAGACUUUGAUGGUUGCAGAGGUAAAUGACGUGUUUGAUCGUGUUGGUAGUCGGCCGCCGAGCCGCUGUGGCAGUCGCCCACAGAGCCCCUUGUCUAUUGGGUCUUCAGAGGAGAACCAUAUGAUAUAUUACUUUAAUGAAGCUGAAAACGACUGGCGACCUCUGACUGUGAUCCCAGAUGAUGUAAACACUAAAGGCUGCGGGAUUUGCACCAUGCACAACUACCUGUUUGUGGCCGGGGGGAUAAAGGGCUAUAAGGACAAGGGUCAGGUGUCAGAUAAGGUCUUUUGUUACAACCCAGUCACCAACCGCUGGGCUGAAAUAAAACCUUUAAACCAGGCCCGAGCACAACUAAAGCUGGUGUCCAUGGAUGGCAGCCUGUACGCCAUCGGAGGCGAAUGUUUGUUCACAGUAGAGAAAUACGAUCCUCGGAUGGACCGCUGGACGAUGAUUGCCCCCUUGCCCAAGGGGGCGUUCGCAGUGGCCCACGAAGCCACCACCUGCAGCGGAGAGCUCUACGUUUCAGGAGGCUCCCUUUUCUACCGCCUCCUCAAGUACGACUCAAAGAGGGACGAGUGGCAGGAGUGCCCCUACAACAACAGCAGAAAGAAAUCCAGCGACAUGGUGGCGCUGAAAAGUUUCAUUUAUCGAUUCGAUGUGAAUCGAGAGCAAGGGAUCAGUGUCUUCAAGUACAACACCAUCGUGAAAAUGUGGCACGAUUGUGCGUCGCAAAGGCAUGGGAGUCAUCUCCCCUUCAGGUGUGCUGUUAUCGGGAACUGCAUCUACUGCGUGAAUAAAAGCCAGACCCUUCAGUUUGUGGUGGAGGAGGAGAAUGACUACUUUGUCGAGGAUGCGCUGAAGGCUCCUCUGGAGGCAAAGGGUGUCCUUUUUCCUUUUGUUCUUAGUUUGCCUGAUAAACCUGAAAAAGUGACAUAAUGUGUGUGUGUUUGUGUGGCAGGGGCGGAUUUACCAUUAGGCAAAACUAGGCAGUUGCCUGGGGCCCCAGGUUCCUGGGGGGCUCAUAAAACUCCUUUUACAUGUAUGGUUAAUACCGCUAUUACUUAUUUGUGCACAUUAAUUAUGUUUUUGAUAAAAAUAUUUUCAUUAAAAUGCCAUCAGAAUGCUUAUAAUAUUAAAUUUGUCUCAGC